AUGACUGGGCAACAACUCCCAUACGGCCAAAUCAUUCUAUUAACCGGUUGCUGCUUAGCUAGUGGGAUCAAUUUUAUAUUCUUUACGCCAUUCGCCAUUGCGUUCGUACGUGGUUUAGAGGUCGAGAAUGAUGACAUUGCAUACUAUGCUGGCAUAAUUUCGGCUGCUGCAUUUGCCCCAUGCAUAUUCACAACAUUUCCACUUGCCGCGUUAUCUGAUAGGAUAGGAAGACGACCAAUCCUUUUCAUGAGCUUGGCUACUUCCACCAUCAGCGUUUGUCUAUUUGGUAUUUCCAAAUCGGUUACAUGGGCUGUAGUAUCAAGGGCCCUACUAGGUACUGUGUCGGUGGCUGCACUUAUCAGCAGGAGCAUUAUAUCGGAAACGACAGAGAAAUACCUUGAAGCGCAACGAAGCCAAGCAUUUUCCCUGCUCCAAUUGGCCUAUCCAUUGGGCUACAUGCUUGGCCCAUUUAUUGGCUCAACAUUUGCUGAGCCAGUGGAAAAGUACCCCGAUUAUUUUGCACAUGGCGCGCCUCUAACUAUCUUUUUUGAAACGUAUCCAUAUGCUCUACCAUCCCUCAUAUGUGCUUCAUUUUCCACCUUGAUGCUCAUACUCGCUAUAUGCUUUGUGAAAGAAACACGAUCGACACCUCUUGAGGAACGUGACACGAAGGACAAUGAACAACUUCUUCGGCAUACAUCUCAUAAAGCGUAUUCCACUUUCAACCAUAACGAUCGAUUAUCGGAGAUGGCGUCAGCUGGAAACAUGGCCAUCCUUAUCUCUACAAAGACAAAGAGGCUCCUGAGAAUGUUUUCUUUGGAUGAUUGUAUGACCAUGGCAGUGCUUUCUGUAUGCGCCGUGCACACACAAUUAACCUUUCAAACAGGGUAUUAUCAAGAGCUGCUUCAAGUGUGGAUGGGUAGUGAGCGCACAAAUGGUGGCCUUGGAUUGAGUACCAAGCAAACUGCAACAGCCUUGGCGAGCCAAGGUAUCGCCCAAUUGAUUGCUAUCAUGGCUGUUUUGCCAUUGAUGGUCAAACGGUUUGGCACAGUACAUCUAUGCCGUGCGAUGUGCUUUGGAUUCAUGAUCGUAUACAGUAUUCAACCUUGGGUGAGAUACUUAUACGAUGUGCCCGAUUUUCAAAGGCGUUUACAUACUCAUUUUUGGGAAGUACCAGCAGCCAUCUUGUGCAUUUUCACCUGGUGGAUGUUUGCAAUGACCGGUAUGACAACCAUCAUAGUAGUCCUAAAUGAUGUUGCACCACGGUCGUCAAUAUGCAAAGUAAACAGCGUUGCUGAUGGUAUGGAAACGAUGCAUGAUCAACAAAGGUGUCAUAAUUGGAUAUCGUUGCUCAUUUCCAUGACAGUCAUAUCCAAUAUAGUCAACGCAAUAGGCCCAGCAGCUUGUGGAGUUAUAUGGUCAGGAUCACUAAAGCUAUCGUGGAUCCCGUUUCCAUUGCGUACUUCUAUCACAUGGCUUGUUCUAGCGCUUAUAGGGGCUACUACACUUUAUUCAUCCGUGAAAUUGUUACCGCCCAAGAAUGAUGCAAUGUCUAAAUCUAAAGCUAUAGCUGAUCAUAGUGAGAAUGUCUAA